AUGAGUGCAGAUCUAAAGGCACUGUUGGAGGCGCAGAACGACAUCCACGGACGAAUGUCUCGCUCCGUGGACAAUCUGCGCAAGAUGGGCGUCUCGAGCAUCACCGCCGAAGCGAUUCAGGCUCGCCUCCGCAUUCUCGACACGCUGUGGACCAGAUUCGAGACCCAUCAUGACCUCAUUGUAACGGCGCUGAAAGACAAAUAUCUUGAGAGUGAGUACGCAAAGAAUGAUUUUAUCGACAUCGCGGAAACUACCUACGUGACACAAAGGAGCAUGCUGGUCGAAUACGCGAACAAACUCAAGGGCGAGUCUUCCACUACGCCCAAGGUCGAGGCUCAUCAAGAGCAGACACUCAAGACCUCGCUGCCGCGAAUUAAGCUCCAGCCGUUCUCCGGUGCAUACACUGAUUGGCCCGCGUUUCGCGACAUCUUCUUGUCCAUCAUCGGGAGCAAUACAUCCAUUUCCGACGUGGAAAAGCUCCACUAUCUCCGUACGAGCUUACAGGGUCCUGCGGAAAAACUAAUUAGAUCAUUGCCGAUUGUCGGGGGCAAUUAUGACAGGGCGUGGUCAAUUUUAAGUUCUCACUACGAGAACAAGCGAGAGCUCAUUCGCGCCAACUUCGCUGCCUACACCGCCGUGCCUAAAAUGAAGAACGCGACCGCUGACGAGUUGAACCGAAUUUAUAACGCCGCCACGACUGCCAUCAAUGCUCAGGAGAGCAUUGAAAGACCCAUCGGCACGCACGGUAUGGACCUUUUCAAUUACCUGCUCGUCGAGCGCUUUGACCCACAGACUCGAAUGCAGUGGGAGUCCUCAAUCCGCGAUUCCGUCGACCCGCCAAGCAACGACGUCCUUAUGGACUUCAUAGCGAAGCAGAUCCUCACGCUGAACGCCGUGCAGCCAGCCUCUGCCGCGAAAUCCGGAGACACUUCUCGGUCCGCAAAGUCGCACUUUGUAAAACGCGCAUCCGGUUCGUCAACGUGCGCCGCCUGUAAAGAAAAGCAUUCGAUUAUGCAAUGCUCGACAUUCAAGGCCAAGACCGCUGCCGAGCGAAAAGACCUAGUAGAAGCAAACAGAUUGUGCUUCAACUGCCUCGGCAAUCAUUACCUGGCAAAAUGUCAGUCGUUGAAAACGUGCUUCACUUGCAAAGCACGCCACCACACGCUUCUGCACGACGCAUACUCGCAAUCUGAUGGUGCGAUUUCCUUGUCCACCACACGCUUCGCAUCAGACCGCAAGGCAAUUCUUCUUGCCACCGCACGGGUCACUAUCAAGGACCACGUGGGAAGACCGCACGACAUCCGAGCCCUGAUCGACCAAGGAUCAGAGGUCUCUCUAGUCUCAGAGGCCCUAGCACAACGAUUGCGCCUGCCGCGGAUCCGCUCCUCGAUGGCGAUAGCCGGGAUCGGAGGAGCCUCUGGAGCAACCCGCGGACGGCUGUCUUUGGCGCUCUCCUCGGCAAUAACCGGAGCAACGCUCCCAGUCCAGGCGUACGUCCUGCCGCAUCUCUCCUCGUACCAGGGGCCCAUCGUGCGAGCCAGCGUCACCUGGCCUCACAUACGCGGUCUCCCUCUGGCCGAUCCGCAGUAUUUAGACCGAGAUUCAAUCGAGAGAUUGCUCGGUGCGGAUGUCUAUUCCGCCAUCCUUCAAGAUGGACUCCGCAAGGGAUGCAAAGACGAGCCCAUCGCGCAGAAGACCUCCCUCGGGUGGAUUCUGUCGGGAGGACACCGAGCCACGACCCAGAGUAGCCAUGCCGCUCACCAAUGCACCAUAGACCGCCAGCUGACCGACUUGGUGCAGCUCUUCUGGGACUAG